CUUCAGCAUUGUGACUACAGUCCAAGCUAAAUAAGUCGGGUGAUCUAACAGCUUUACUAUUCUUCAAGUAAAAAUAGAAAAUCGAAGACAACAAUUUUGGAAAUCCGUUCAAGAAAGCGCUGUUCAUUUGGUUGGGGAAAUUAUACAACAGGCGAAAUUUCGUGAGAAAUUGUGGAUUGUUCAACAAAACAAGUGUAGCUCCGAACGACUGACUGACGCUUAUGAAUAUUGAAGCGAGCAACAUACCUUAAGGAGAAAAAUAUAUAUAAAAUAGCAAAUGGGUUUCGAGAUGGAUUCGGGGAUUAUCAAGCGAUGGAAAACGCUGGAAAGUCUUUCGGUUGAAGAUUAUUUUGAUGAUAUUACUCAAAUUCGACGCUGGAGUUCGUCAGGAAAAUUGAAUAGUGAACGAGCGACGAAUGUUGGCACGAAAAGAAAUAAGGCUUCUCAGCUUCCUGGAGUUACGUGUAGUGUGUGCAACCAGAGAUACAACCGACCUAAACUUUUACCGUGUCUUCAUAGCUUUUGUCAGAGUUGUAUUGAUAGUUUGGUGAAAUUGUCAGAGGGAGAAAAUAGGCUAGAAAUCGCUUGUCCAACUUGUUCAACGCAAAAUGAUAUCCCAAAACUCGUUGAAAACCUGCCAACGAAUUUUAUACUUCUUCAAACGCUAGCGGAGAUGGAUGCGCUGGAAGAAAAAGAAAAGCCGAUUGUGAUUUGUGCGAAUUGUGAUGAUGCGUCGCAUGCAACUGGAGUAUGCGUUCAAUGUGCUGAGUUUCUGUGCGAGAAAUGUACGAGCGCUCAUCGUCGAGUCAGGCUCACUCGAGAUCAUUGUAUAACGUUAUUGGCAAGCCAAAGCAGGCCAAUUCCUACAGAAGAACAAAGAAAUAACACGUUCCAGGACUUGACCAAAUGUAAAAACCAUCAGCAAGAGGAAUUAGCAUAUUUUUGCAAUACAUGUCGCAGGUUCAUUUGCCGUGAAUGUACGGUUCAAGAGCACGACAAAGUAUCGCAUGACUUCGAACCGCUGAAGGAAACGAGCGAGACUCGCAAGGAAACGAUGGCUGCGCUUCUCGGCGAGGCUCGAGUUCGACUUCCCUUCAUGCGCAGGACACUGCUAGAGAUUGAACACGCAGCACGCGAUAUCCCGAGACACGUGGAUGCUAUAGCAGAAGAAAUCCAGAGCUCAACGCUACGUUACGUGCGUGCGCUUCGUGAGCGUGAGUUUCAACUACUCGAUGAUCUUGACGCAUUACGUGAGUACAAGACUACUCUAUUGAGCGAGCAAAAAGAACGAUUAAUGCGUAGAGUGGAGAGUCUAGAAAGUGCGUGCACAUUCACUCAGCGCUUGCUCAACGAGGACGACUCACUGCACGUUACUGUAGCAAGUGAUUAUGCAGUUGAACGACUAAGUCAACUCAACUCCGAUGGCAUUGAAAUUCAACCAGUAGAAGGGCCUGAGAUCGAAUACGUCGCGCAAGAGGAUAUGCUGUUCGAAAUCAUAAACACCGCUGGCAGCGUCGAGAAUGGAGCGACAUUCUUUAAAGUUCGUAUUCUAGGAGAGGGGUUGUUCGAAGCUGCAGUCGGCAAGGCUUCUACAUUCACUCUUGCAAUGAAUGAUGAGGUAUCGUUGCAGGAUUUGGAUAUCCGCAUCGAAACGCCUGAUGGAGUUCUGCUAUCGUGCGAUAUAAACCAGCUUAGCGAUGGAAUAGCCCGCGUCAGCUAUACACCCAAGAUACACGGCGAACACGAGAUCUCAAUCCAAGCGCAAGGAGAUCACGUGGAGGGAAGCCCUUACGCCGUCCACGUCAAAAAAGGCCAUAUGAGCUACGGUAGUAAGAAUACUCCGGUAUGUCUACGGUUUGGAAACAAGGGCACAGGACUCGGAGAAACCGAUGGCCCUACUGACGUAACAGUGCGUAGUAAUGGAUCAAUCGUUGUAGCCGACACUGGUAACCAUAGGAUACAGCUCUUUGAUGGCAGGGGCGGAAUACUUCACGAAUUUGGUAGCCAUGGAAACGAACCGGGAAAAUUCCAGUCGCCCGCGGGCAUUUGCGUGGAUCAGAGAGGAAACAUUGUCGUUUCUGAUCAAAUGAACAACAGAGUGCAAAUAUUCAAUGUAGACGGUGUCUUGUUAAAGCACUUUGGACCUAAGUGUGACAAAGGAGGAGAGCUCAAAGGGCCAUUAGGAGUAACAGUUGAUGAAGAAGGACAGAUUCUUGUCGCAGACCAAUCAAACCACAGAGUUGCUAUUUUCAACGAAAGAGGAUCUUUCUUACAAGAGUUCGGUUGCCUAGGAACCAGGAAUGGGGAAUUCAACACUCCCUCUUUUAUAGCCGUCAACCAAGAUGGCGAAAUCUAUGUCACGGAUACCUGUAAUCACCGAGUCCAGAUAUUCGACAUGAGCGGGAAAUACAUCGGGAAAUUCGGAAGGCCUGGGACUGGGAACGGAGAGUUCCAGUACCCAAAAGGCAUUGCGAUCGACGCUUCCGGUUACGUCUUCAUAUCAGAUCGGACCAAUCGCGUCCAGGUGUUUAACCACCACUUCCGGUACGUGUGUAAGUUUGGCGGGAAACAGAGUGGUGAUGGACAACUGAACUCACCCUCGGGGAUUGAUUAUACACCCGAGGGUCGGGUAGCCGUGGCUGAUACCUCUAAUAACUGUGUCAAAGUAUUUUAUUUUCCCAAAGACCAGUCUUUGUAAAAAUACUAAUAUAUUCUAUGGAAUGUCUGUGAUUAGGGGCUCUAUAAGGGGCACGGUCAUGACUGGUCCAAAAUAGGGGAUCGACUUUAUUGAUUAUCGUGGUAGGCUGUUGAAAUUCUCGAUGUUUUAAUUGGGUAUCCAUAUAAAGUGUUUAUUCCUAUACACAAAUUUAUUGUUAAGUACACAUGUAAUCAGACUACAUUCAUUCUGCGACUUGCCACUUAAUUUUGGAGAUAUUUGAGGGCAAAUUAUAACAUUUUACUUUCAAGGGGUGGUGAAUACCGGCUAACAAGUCACCCCUCCCCUACAAAUCGCAGGUCUCGGUUAUCUUGACCUUGCUCUUAAUUAAACAGAUAUAAACACAUUAGCAAGAGUCGUGCAACGUCUAAUGUGUUUAUAUCACCGCAUAUAGCCAUUAGACGCCGUUUUAUAUUGUUCUUUCAUAAAAGAUUUUACGUCGAGAUUGAAAAGCGCUGACAUGUUUUAAUGUAGUCUAUGUCUCCUAAUGUAUAGGUGGGCGGACAAUCAGUCAGUUUGUUGUGAUUGAUUAUUCGAUUUAAACUAAACAAAAAGCAAACGAGGCUAAUAUAGAAUAGAUAACGAUGUUUAUAAGUUCUGCGCACACGCGUUUUCAACCAACCAAUUGGAGCGCGCGCGUAAUUAUAAAUUAUAAAUAUUUUAUAAAUCAUUCUCAAACCACAAAUAUUAGCGUACACUCAGUGCGGUAAUUUAUGUAUCAUUCAAGAAGCUAUUUUUUYAACCACAUACGACGAACAUAUAGACUAGGAAUUGGGAAAUAUUUUUUUUUCUCAUUUCAGACUAUGUGUCAUAAAAUACUACACAAUUUGGUUCUUGUUUACAAGAAUUACAGCUUAAUUUUCAACUAAGAUAAACAACAAUCUGGUUGAGAAAAACCUUUGCGGGAAGGAUAUAAACAUGAGGUCGCAUUUCGAUUGGUUGUUGUAAGUUAUCAUAGUUUUGUGUGGUGAGCUUAGCAAGGCAAAGCGAAAUAAAAAUAACUCUUGCCUUUUGUAUAUCAAAGGGCUUUUAUGUGCGGUAUUUAUAGCCGACGCAUAUGCAUAUUGACUGCGCGCUUGCGUCGGCCAAUAUGUGUUAUUUAGUUUUAAAUGCUCGAAUAUUCUUGUACCCAAUGUUAUCAUACUUUCUAUUAAUCUAUCUUAUAAUUUUUGGCAUUUCCUAGCUUAUUCGUCGUUCGUUCGCAAGCAAACCUUUGCUUUGUUUURCGUGAAAGCGCAGUUAAUAAUCACCCCUUACAUUGCUGCCUUGUGUUAUUCCAAGGUAACAAUUUUAUACUCACGGGGGUGGGGAGAGGACAACCUGGGGUCAAUUCAAUGUUUUAUUAUAUAAUAACCACUUCUGAUGAAGAUUUGCUUUACUAUUAAUAUUAAUACAACAAAAUUAUGAAACUAAAAAAGGUUGUCAAAUUGAUAAUUUUCUAUAUACAAUAUUGUAUAUAAACAUACUCUAUAAAAAUA